AUUUGUUGUUCUCAAAGCAAAACAAAGUAUCGCCGCUGUCCGUCGUUCCACAUGUUGGCAACAAGUCAUCUUGAAAAUUAAAUUUUCCCCAUUAAUUAAGUGCCACAAUAUCCAACAGAUACGUUCUUUACAAUUCUUCAGUUGUGCUGCGGCCUCACAAUUCACGACAAAAUGAGAAAUUUCAACUCGCCAAAGUUUGGCAACUCAUUGGGAGGCGAUUCCGAUGACGAGUUAGACUCCGGAACGGAGCCGGAGUUUAUAGUGGAACCGUACGUGCUGGAGGAGCUCCCCACAAUGGAGGAUUUGGGCGAAGAAGAAGCUGAUGUGAACGAUGAAGACGAUGACUACGAUCCAAACACGGACAUCGUAAUUGGUACAUCCUCCAGUGACGAAGAUAUUUCGGACAUUUCUGACUCGGAGAAAGAUGACGACGCCGAUGAGGACAGCAGCACCAAAAACUCAAACGCUCCCAAAAGAGCGAUCGAUGACUACGACGAGGAGAUGGAACAAGAUGAAGUUGUAAAGGCGAUCAUUACUGAAAUCAAGAAACCAAGAUCGAAACCACCGGAUAUUAAGACGGAAGAUUUUGUCACAGAUUUGUGCUUCCAUCCUCAGCAGGAUCUACUGUCCGUGGGAACAACGACGGGAGACGUGUUCAUAUACAAUUACACGAACGAUGAAUGCGUACUUAGAGAUACACAUGAGCUUCACACUAAAUCAGUACGCGAUGUGGAGUUCAGUUUGGACGGUGAUCUGAUGAUUUCCACUGCACGAGAUCGCGCAAUCAUGGUGACUGAUGUGGAAACAGGAAAGUUGAAGAUGUUUUGGGAGGAUGCACACGAGGAACCGGUUUACACGAUGGGUAUAAUCGAUGACCACACUUUUGCAACCGGAGACGACGCCGGAGUACUGAAACUAUGGGAUGUACGACAAAAAGAGGUCGUGUUUAAGUUGAAAGAAGUGGAAGAUUUUAUCUCUUGCAUUAUCACCAACAAUCAGCGGAAAUAUAUUCUGAUGACCAGCGGAGAUGGCUAUUUGACGACAAUUAAUAUUCCGCAGAGAAAAAUGUAUGUGCAAUCCGAGCCCUACGAGGAGGAAUUGACUUGUAUGGGUAUAUUCCGAAAUGAUACUAAACUAGUUGUUGGAUCCUCGAAAGGAAACUUCUACACCUUUAAUUGGGGUCAAUUCGGAUAUCAUUGUGAUGCGUUUACUGGUCCACAAGCAGGAGUUAACAAAAUGGUACCCAUCACGGAAAGGAUAGCCGUAACCGGUGGUGAAGAUGGGAUAUUGCGUGCCAUGCAUCUGGUACCGGGUCGGGUGCUGGGAAUUGUCGGACAGCACUCGCUAGCGGUGGAAACGAUCGAUAUUAACAGCACCGGAGAGUUGAUUGCUUCUAGCUCGCAUGAUAACGAUAUUCGUUUCUGGAACAUACGUUAUUUUGUAGAUUUCGAUGACAUUAAAUACAACAGCAAACCGGAUAAGAAAGCUGUGCGACACAACUUACCGUCCUCGCAGCAGACAAACGCGGCAGACUUUUUCGCUGAUUUGGCAGGGCCCAACGGCGAUGAGGAUUGAAUGGUUUCGACGUUUACAUUAUUCGGAGGUUUUUGUUUUUGUCUAAGACAAAAGUGUACGGAUGUUGUGAAACGACACGGUAAGUCCAGACGUAUCUAUAUGGAAAGUUUUGGUAGCGUCCUUAUAUUUUGUGCAAAAUAUAGCCUGUUAUCAUGUU